CGAUUUAAUUUUUGUUUAAAACGAACGCAAAAAUCUACACAAUCUCUGAGACGCACCGACAGAGAAUAACGAAAUGUCAGAAAGUAUCCACGCAUAAAGACGGUAACACGGUCUGGUGCUGUACGAAACCAGAGGGCAGCACAGGAUGCGAUCGCACGAUCCUGCCCGUGAGCAAUCUCCCAACUCAUCUCUGCUUAGACUUAGUCUAGACUGUUUAUUCCACGAAGAUUAAUAUUAAAGACUGUUAAAGACGAAAUGGGGCGAAUAAGUGGUGAAGAAUCGGAUGAAAUAAGCUCGGAAGUAGAGUGCCAAGCGGAGGCCAAGGUAGAGUUCAUAGGCACUGUAGUAGCAGAACCUGAAAAAAGGUACAAAUGUGUAUAUUCCGGGUGCAAUUCCACUUUUCUCAGGCCCUCCAGAUUUUUGAGGCACAUGAGGAUUCAUACCGGGGAGAGACCAUUUAAAUGCAGUCACUCGGGUUGCGAUAAAGCCUAUACUAAUUCAUCCCACUUGAAACGACAUCUCUCUACUACCCAUGAUCCUACGACACGGAAGUACAAGUGUUCCAAAUGUUCCUUAAUAAUUAGCAAUGCGCAUAAUCUAAAACGUCAUUACGAUCGCAUGCAUAACGACGAUAAACGACAAGCUUGUAGCAAAUGUGAACGUUCCUUUAAGAGCAAGCGUCACCUCGAAGAGCACUUAACUACACACACUGGUAGUAAUUUGUACAAGUGUGAAAAGUGUCAAAAGGAAUUUGUUAAUGUGAACAGCCUUAGAAGGCAUGUAAGGAAACAUAACGAGAACAAAAAAACAUAUCCUUGCACGUCCAAUGGAUGCUCGGAUAUUUUUGAAAAAUGGAGAGACUUAUUAGAACAUAGACGAUUGAAUCAUGUAAUUGAGCACAAGUGUAAGGACUGCGAUAAGGUAUUUUUAAAUAAAUCUCAUCUAAGAAUUCAUGGUCAAGUUCACAAUGAGAAUCGCCCUAUCCUGUCCUGCCCGUAUGAAAAGUGUCCAAGAGUCUAUUAUUUCAAGAACAAUCUAGACCAUCACGUUCGGUCAAAACAUAAAGGAAAGAAGUUCCAAUGUGACACAUGCAAAUUUCAACUUUCCACAAAACAAAAACUCAUAGAACAUAUACAAAAGAUACACCUAACAAAGAAGAAGAAACCAACUAAAAAAGGCCACCGCCGGAGAAGGAAGGAUGCCAGCACUUUCAAAAAGAGUGCCGUGUCGGAACUCCUUGGUUUAAAUUUACCUUACCACAUGGAGAAAGAUUUGUUAGAAAGGGAAACUAGGAUUAAGAUCGAGACGGAGAUGACAGCAAUCGAUGUAAAGUCCUUGAGUAAAGAAGAUGUGGUCGAAUUUUUAAACUCCUUCGAUACAGUUCUAACAGACUGCGAUGGAGUGCUUUGGAUAAGGAUGUUACCAAUUCAAGGAUCUGCGGGCGUAAUGAAUGCUUUUAGAGAAAUAGGGAAAAAAAUUUCAUACGUUACAAAUAACAGUACAAAAACUAGGCAAGAAGUCGUGGACAAAUGCAUUUCAAUGGGAUUUGUAGCUUCCGAGGAUGAGAUUGUGUGCACGGCAAACUUGACUGCCCGUUACUUGCAAGAAUUGGGAUUUACCCGGAGAGCCUAUGUUCUUGGAUCGGAAGGCAUUACAAAAGAACUCGACAAAGCUGGUAUAGCUCAUUGUGGAACCGGUCCUGAUCCAUACAAAAGCGAUACCUCUUACGUAUUUAAAGACAAUGAUAUUGGGGCGGUCAUUGUUGGAUUUGAUGAGCAUUUUAGUUACCCAAAAAUGAUUAAAGCUGCAUCAUACUUAAAUGACCCUGCUGUACAUUUUAUUGGAACUAACAUGGACGAGAGAUUUCCUGCUGGCAAUAACAUAGUUCUUCCUGGGACAGGAAGCUUUGUUCAUUGCAUUGAAACUUGUAGUGGAAGAAAGGCAGUCGUGAUGGGAAAGCCAGACAAAUACAUGAGUGAAACAUUAUUAAAAUGCCGUGGGUUGGAUGCCAAGCGUACGCUAAUGAUCGGAGAUCGUUAUAACACUGAUAUUCUUUUGGGAGCUCGCUGUGGUUUUAAAACACUAUUAGUGUUAACUGGUGUAACUACUUUACAAGAAGUUGAGGAGUGGAAACGAUCGAAUGACCCAAUGAAGAGAGCUUUUGUGCCAGAUUAUUACAUUGAGUCUUUGGGUGACUUGCAGCCAUAUUUAUCAAUGUACAAACUCGAGUGCAGCAUGGAACUGCAUCCACGUAACUUAAUAAAUUAAAUGAAUAAGGCCUAGGUGUUGAUAA